GGCUUGGGUUUGGUUGGGUUUGACCAACCGCGCGGUGGUACGAGAUGUGGGCACCGACCGAGGAGGAGAAAUUCGGUGUCGUGAUAUGCAGUUUCCGUGGGUCUGUACCUCAAGGCCUUGUCCUAGAAAUUGGGGAAACAGUUCAGAUUUUGGAAAAAUGUGAAGGAUGGUUCAGGGGGUUUGUAACAAAGAAACCUACUGUAAAGGGUCUAUUUCCUGCAAACUACAUCCACCUGAAGAAAGCUGCUGUUGCCAACAGAGGUCAGUUUGAGACUGUAGUUCCCUUGGAAGAUUCCAUUAUUACUGAGGUCACAGUCACAUUACAAGAAUGGUCAAUCCUCUGGAAACAACUAUAUGUGAAACACAAGGUGGAUCUAUUUUAUAAAUUGCGCCAUGUAAUGAACGAACUGAUUGAUUUGCGGAGACAGCUUCUAUCUGGGCACCUGACCCAGGACCAAAUCCGUGAUGUCAAGCGGCACAUCACGAUCCGCCUGGACUGGGGCAAUGAACAGAUGGGCUUGGACCUGGUUCCGAGAAAGGAAUUUGAAACAGUUGAUCCUGACCAGAUAAGCGUGGCAGAUCUCUACAAACUACAUUUGUCCAGCAGACACAGCAUACAGCAAAGUACAUCACAGAUAGACACCAUGAGGCAUCGACAUGGUGACAUGUGUCGCAUGCCUGUUCCUCACCAUCUCUUCCUCAAUCUGAAGAGCUUUACGUACCAUACCAUUGGAGAAGACACAGAUAUUUUCUUCUCUCUUUAUGAUAUGCGAGAAGGGAAACCAAUCAGUGAGAGGUUUAUGGUGAGACUGAACAAGAAUGGUAUGCCAAGGAACCCGGAAAAAAACGACCGCAUGUGUGCAUUAUUUACGGAUCUCAGUAACAAAGAUCUGAAAAGGGAUCUCUACAUAGUCGCUCAUGUCAUACGAAUAGGUCGAAUGUUAACAAAUGAUUCUAAAAAAGGCCCUCCUCAUGUGCAGUAUCGGCGCCCAUAUGGCUGUGCAGUGUUGAGUAUGGUGGAUGUUCUGCCAUCUAUUUCUGAACUCAAGGAAGAGAAGGAUUUUGUUCUGAAAGUUUAUACGUGCAACAAUGAAAACGAAUGGUAUCAAAUCCAUGAAAGUAUCAUCCGGAAAUCCAGCACCAAGUAUACUCCAGCCAGCACAAAUUAUGGUAUGAUCAUCUCCCUGCAACUGCUGAGAGGUGACAUGGAUCAUAUCCGUAGAGAGAAUCCCAUGAUCUUCAAUAGGGGAGUGGCAGUUACUCGGAAACUGGGAUUCCCUGAUGUUAUCAUGCCAGGUGACAUCAGGAACGAUCUUUAUCUCACCUUGGAGCGAGGGGAUUUUGAGCGGGGAGGAAAGAGCGUGCAGAAGAACAUUGAAAUAACUGUAUAUGUUCUCUAUGCAGAUGGAGAAAUUCUAAAGGAAUGUAUCAGUCUUGGGUCUGGAGAACCCCCCAUGACUGACCAUUGUUCAUUCGUGCUGUACCACAACAACAGUCCACGGUGGGGAGAGAUUGUCAAACUGCCCAUCCCUGUUGACAAGUUUAGAGGCUCACACCUUCGAUUUGAGUUCCGACACUGUUCCACAAAAGACAAAGCAGAGAGGAAGCUUUUUGGCUUUGCAUUUACCCCACUGAUGCGAGAUGAUGGCACAACUCUUUCAGAUGAUGUCCACGAACUAUAUGUAUACAAGUGCGAUGAGAAUAGCACUUUCAGUAACCAUGCACUGUACCUGGGCCUUCCCUGCUGUAAAGAGGACUUCAAUGGCUGUCCUAACAUCCCAUCCAGUCUCAUAUUUCAGCGAAGUACAAAGGAGUUCUUUUGGAUUUCAACUCUGCUCUCCUCUACCAAACUCACCCAGAAUGUUGAUCUCCUAGCCCUUUUGAAGUGGAAGGUGCAUCCAGACAGGGUGAUGGACAUACUGGGGAGGUUGCGCCAUGUCAGCGGAGAAGAAAUAGUUAAAUUUUUGCAGGAUAUUUUAGACACACUGUUUUCAAUUUUAGAUGACAAUACAGAGAAAUAUGGACUUCUGGUAUUUCAAUCUUUGGUAUUCAUAAUAAAUUUGCUGAGAGACAGCAAGUAUUUUCAUUUCCGCCCUGUGAUGGAUACCUACAUUCAGAAGCACUUCUCUGGGGCGCUGGCAUACAAGGAGUUAAUCAGAUGUCUAAAGUGGUAUAUGGACCGAUCUGCUGAAGUGGUGAGACAGGAUCACAUUCAAGAUGCAAUGAGGGCCUUGGAAUAUUUGUUCAAGUUUAUCGUACAGUCGCGGAUUUUGUAUUCAAGAGCGACAGGUGGGGUAGAAGAGGAGCAUUUUCGUGCCAGUAUUCAGGAGCUCUUUCAGUCCAUCCGCUUUGUGCUGAGCCUGGACAGCAGAAGUUCUGAAACUCUCAUCUUCACACAGGCAGCUCUACUCAACUCUUUCCCAGCGAUCUUUGAUGAGCUGCUGCAAAUGUUUACAGUUCAAGAGGUGGCAGAGUUUGUGAGAGGGACACUGGGCAGCAUGCCCAGCACAGUGCAUAUUGGCCAGUCGAUGGACGUCGUCAAGCUGCAGUCCAUCGCACGGACUGUAGACAGCCGACUCUUUUCCUACACAGACUCCCGGCGGAUCCUGCUGCCUGUAGUUCUCCAUCACAUCCACUUGCACCUGCGACAACAGAAGGAGCUGCUCAUCUGCUCAGGGAUUCUCAGCAGCAUCUUUUCCAUCAUGAAGACAAGCUCCCUGGAGUGCUCAGUAUCAGAAGAAGUGGAGAUGAUGGUUGAGAGCCUUCUCGAUGUUCUGCUCCAGACCUUGCUAUCUAUUAUGAAUAAGUCCCAGAUGGCGGAGGCGGUAAGAGGACAGCGCUGCCCACAGUGCACGGCAGAAAUCACUGGGGAAUAUGUCACUUGCUUACUUUCUCUGCUUCGGCAAAUGUCAGAUAACCACUACCAACAGUUAUUGGAUAACUUCCAGAGCAAGGAAGAGCUAAAGGAGUUCCUGUUAAAAAUAUUCUGUGUAUUCCGUAAUUUAAUGAAGCUCAGCGUCUAUCCACGGGAUUGGAUGGUGAUGAGACUACUGACAAGCAACAUUAUUGUCACAACAGUCCAGUACCUGUCUCCUGCAUUGCAUAAGAAUUUCACAGAAGCAGAUUUUGAUUUCAAGGUAUGGAACUCAUACUUUAGCCUGACUGUACUGUUUAUAAACCAGCCAAGCCUUCAACUGGAGUCUGUAACACCAACCAAAAGAAAGAAGAUUCUAGACAAAUAUGGUGACAUGAGGGUGAUGAUGGCCUAUGAGCUGUUCACUAUGUGGCAAAAUCUGGGUGAAAAUAAAAUACAUUUUAUUCCUGGGAUGAUUGGGCCAUUCCUGGGAGUCACUCUAGUGCCACAGAUCGAGGUGAGAAACGUAAUGAUCCCAAUCUUCCAUGACAUGAUGGACUGGGAGCAGAGAAAGAAUGGCAACUUCAAACAGGUGGAAGCUGAGCUGAUCGAUAAACUUGACAGUCUGGUGUCAGAAGGAAAGGGAGAUGAAAACUACCGAGAGCUCUUCAGUCUCCUCACCCAGCUCUUUGGGCCAUAUCCUAGCUUAUUGGAGAAGAUUGAGCAAGAAACUUGGAGAGAGACUGGUGUUUCCUUUGUCUUGUCAGUGACCCGUUUAAUGGAGCGGCUGCUUGAUUACAGAGAAUGCAUGAAAGGGGAUGAAACAGAAAAUAAGAAGAUUGGUUGUACUGUAAAUUUGUUGAACUUUUACAAAUCGGAGAUAAACAAAGAGGAGAUGUAUAUCCGUUACAUCCACAAACUGUGUGACAUGCAUCUCCAAGCUGAGAAUUACACGGAGGCAGCGUUUACGUUAUUACUGUACUGGGAGCUGCUUCAGUGGGAAGACAGACCUUUGCGGGAGUUCCUGCACUACCCAGCACAGACAGAGUGGCAUCGUAAGGAAGGCCUUUGCCGCAAGGUUAUCCACUACUUUAACAAGGGGAAGUGCUGGGAAUAUGGAAUCCCUCUUUGUCGAGAACUGGCGAAUCAGUAUGAAGUGUUCUAUGACUACCAGAGUCUCAGCUGGAUUCGGAAAAUGGAAGCAGCGUAUUAUGACAACAUUAUGGAACAGCAGCGACUGGAACCAGAAUUCUUCAGAGUUGGGUUUUAUGGCAGGAAAUUUCCAUUCUAUCUUCGAAACAAAGAGUUUGUGUGUCGAGGGCACGAUUACGAGAGGCUCGAAGCCUUUCAACAGAGAAUGCUGACUGAAUUCCCACAAGCCAUUGCUAUGCAGCAUCUCAACCAGCCCGAUGAAUCUAUCCUGCAGUCAGAUGCACAGUACCUUCAGAUUUAUGCCGUGUCACCAAUUCCUGAGAAUGUGGAGGUGCUGCAGAUGGACAGGGUCCCUGAUCGCAUCAAGAGCUUCUAUCGCGUAAAUAAUGUCAGCCGGUUUAGAUAUGACAGGCCCUUUCACAAAGGCUUAAAGGACAAAGAAAAUGAGUUCAAGAGCCUCUGGAUUGAGCGAACCACACUGAUUCUAACACAUAGUUUGCCUGGAAUUUCUCGUUGGUUUGAAGUGGAGAGGAGGGAAGUGGUGGAGGUCAGCCCACUGGAGAAUGCCAUCCAAGUCGUGGAGAAUAAAAAUCAGGAGUUACGUACUCUCAUCAGCCAAUAUCAGCACAAGCAACUGCAUGCCAACAUCAACCUUCUCAGCAUGUGUCUGAACGGGGUGAUUGAUGCAGCGGUCAACGGAGGAAUAGCCAGGUACCAAGAGGCAUUCUUCCAAAAGGAGUAUAUCAUGAGCCAUCCCGAGGAUACUGAGAAGAUAACCCAGCUUAAGGAGUUGAUGCAAGAACAGGUUCAUAUCCUUGGAGUGGGAUUGGCAAUGCAUGAGAAGUUAGUGCACCCAGAAAUGCGUCCCCUGCACAAAAAGCUAAUCGAUCAAUUCCAAGUGAUGAGAUCCAGCCUUUGUCAUGAUCUCCCUGGUGUAGAGAGGAUCAGCCCAGCCUGCUCUGGUGCCAGCACACCACGAGGCAGCAUCCUGUCCACUCACAAUUCUAUGAGUCCAGAAAGCAUCAAGCUCGUCCACAGGCACAGCCCACUGAACCUGAUUGGCUCCAAUAGGCACUCUUCAUCCUCCCUGUCUUCACAAACCUCGAGUGAAGUGGGGAACCUCAUCAUCCUCACCGAUGGUCUCGGUGGAGAAACUCCUGAUGAUAUUUACCGCAUGCAGGCGAGUCCCUCCACCUCCAGCCUGAGCUCCACACAUUCCGCACCUUCACAGCUGAUCAACUCUGCCCCGUCCAGUGCACGCGGUUCCCCGUCACUAUCUGAUAAGUAUCGCCACUCACGGGAGAUUGUCAUGUUGCUGCCUCCUCACAGGGACAGGCCAAGUAGUGCCAUGUACCCGACCAUGAUGGAAAAUGGACAGCCUCCUAGUUUCCAGCGAGCCCUGAUCCAGCAGGUGGUUGGACCGUGCAAACCUUGCAGCGAUCCUAAUCUCUCUGUUGCUGAAAAGGCGGUCCCAGCCACUCCCAGUAGUUGGAGCCUAGACAGUGGAACCAGAGAUACUAUGCCGUUUCUUUCAGCACAUGUGGGCACUAUCAUAGCACCACCUGUACCACCUCGGUCACUGCCACCUGGUCACUUUUCUAUGAAUUUUGAUGCAUUCCAUCAUCAGAUGAGUGACAUACCGCCCGCACUGCCUGCACGAACCCUGCGCAAGUCUUCACUGCAUCCUAUCCCUGCAUCACCGACCAGCCCCCAGUCUGGGCUUGACGGGAGUAAUUCAACCCUGUCUGGCAGUGCUAGCAGCGGCGUGUCCUCGUUGAGUGAAAGCAAUUUUGCCCACUCAACAGAGCCGCCACGCAUCGACACCAUUGACUCUGUUCCCAGUCAGACCUGGAUUCCGGAUGAAAAUGGAGAAACUCCUUAUAUGCCAGUGCGGUACAGCCUGUCUGAACCAGACGUGAUUGAAUCGGUGAAGUCUCAGCCAUGUCGCAGCCACUCUGCUCCCAGUGGGGUUAUUCCUCUGGAGACAAAAGAACCCCCAGCCUUGCCUCCAAAACCCUACAAUUCCAGGCUUGCGUACACAGACACUGAAGAGACCCUUAAUGAAGAAAGUAGGCCAAAGCCUUUUCCACGCAAACUCUCUCAGGCUGUCCUUGGUGGUAAAGAGGAGCAGGCCAAGGUACCGUGGGAACAUGGUAUUAGUCAAGAAUAGGCAAGUUGGCUCUGAAAAACAAAGUCCUCUCUGGUUCUCUCUCGGCUACCUAACCAUCUUCAUUUCUUGCAAACAGACUGUGUCUUUGAGAAGGGACUUGCUGUAGACUAAUAUUUUAUUUCUCUGGGAAGUAAGGCCUCUCAGUUUGUGGUCUGGCUGUUCUUUGAAUACAUUCACAGUUGGAAGGUACCUGUAGGAAUAGGAGAGUGUUUUGAAGAAUCCUCAACCCUUCCAGUUACAUUUGGGGAAAAUUCCUGACGUAAUCAUGCACUUCAUUUAAAUUGUUUGAAAAAUAAAGUUUGGGAGUCUAAUUAUGAUUUACAAGGAUUGGGAACACGAAAGGGAACAUUAAAUGUUCACCAAGUGGUAGUGAUUUCAUUACAUAGUCAUUUCAUUCCAUUUUACCAAAUCCUCUCUCAAUUUUCUUUCCCUGAAUGUUUUUCUGGAUCUUAGAUCUAGGAAUUUGACAUCAACUCACGUCAGUCUACUCUGUUGCCUAGGGCAGUGCAGUCUUGCUAAUAAUAUAGGUUAAGAUGUCACAGAACACCUUUAUUUAAACCAUGACAAAACUAUCAAUACUCUUUUCUGGAAAGCAAGAAAGAAAGAUCAUUGGAACCCUGCAGAGGAGUGCAAAAGUAAUAUCCUGAAAUCUACUUUGAUUUAGUUAACCCCAAAAGUUAAAUACUGUGCAAAGCAACGUGGUAUUAUAGGCUAUUGUGGGUUCAGAUAGAGUAGGUCUCAUUGUUAGAAGAUUAACUUUUAAAUUCAUCGGUUUAGAAUCACCUUUGGAAUCAACAUCUCAACACCAUUACGUGAAGAAUUUUGGAAGCCACUAUUAUUAAAGGAAUUUUUCCAAUUGGAAUCUACCGAACAAUUCUGGAUAAUCAAAGGGGAUAGCAGAUAUCUUAGUUGUAAUGAUAUUUACAAUAUCCAGUAUUUAAAUCUGAGAUUAUCAUGUAAAUAGUGUUCGAUGAAGAUUGCUCUUUUCAAGUCUAGAUUUAUUUGGAGUCAGCUUUGACUUCCAGUACCAGCUUCUUAUAAUAGAAUAUCUCAGAUCAAAAUGUUGAGGGGAGGGGGGGUGGUGGGCAGGAGAAAACAUAAGUGUUAGUAUGGUCAGCAGUUUGUGUAGUUGGGAAAGUAAAGGGCAAGUAUGGUGCGGUAUAACCCACUCAUUCAUUUUGUUGUCGUGUUUAGCAACUUUCCAUUGUGCUGUAGAAGAAAGCUGACAUUUAUCAAAUGUUUUAAACAACAAGUGGCGCACACUAUCACACGCUACCUUGUCUGGUAUAUAUGCCAAAUAACCUGGCAAAACCCCUCCAAAAUGUGAGAGUAUUUGCUCCCAUCUACUUGGAUAAUGUACAUUUGCGAGGCUUGCUCUGCCUGUGUAGAUUAAUCUAUUAAAAAAAAUUUACAAUCUUAUUUUAACAUAAUGAAUCACGUCACAGUUAAAUUGUGUUAGGUUAAUACGUGACUUAGUGUGAGAAAUCAUCAGUGAGAAGCAUAUAUGUCUGUAGGACAGGUAUUAGGGAAAAAUACUCAUUGCACUUAUCCUCUGCCUAGCUGGUGUGCAUUUGAUCCAAUCACAAGUACACAGACAGAUGCAUCACCAGGCAGAAUGGAAGCUUUUCAUGAAUCAUAAGCACAUAUAAGUCUUAACAUAAUGCCCCAGAAUAUGUGACAUCAUUUUAAAUUGAAUAAUGCCUUUAAAGUAUUUUUCUCAAAGAUGGUUUAGAAUGAUUCUUGAUUUGUCAGAUAUACGCACACCUCUUCAACACAGGGUGUCCUAAAAUUUUGCUUAUUGCAAUCCGUUAAAGUAACAUCAGUAUUAUCGUGUAAAGAGGGGCAGAGUGUGAUGAUGGUUGGAAGCAGUAAGUAGUCUGUGCUAAUGAGCAACUGAUCUGAAGAUGUAGCGGUUCAGUUUGUUUAGCUAUAUUUAUUUUAUGCUUCCAUGCAAAACUACCCAUGUAGCAUCAUCGAUGUGUGAAAUUAGUAAAUGAAGUGCUCUUAAUAAUUACUAUAGAAUCCUACCAAGGAAAAAAAUAUAUUUUUAAACCCACUUAAACAAACAUUAGAAAAGAAAAUU